AUGAUUAAACCAAUGCCAACCGAAUGUCUUCAAGAGAUAUUUGAACACUUGCAAGACGACGAGUGUACUUUAUUCUCUGUACUUCAAGUAAACCGUUUCUGGUGUAAGAACGUUGUACCAAUACUCUGGCGAAAACCUUUUGAACUUUGUUCAAAAAAAGGUGGUUCACCGAAUCUUGUGGAAACCUUGAUUUCUUGUAUGGAUAUAGAAGCCAGAAAUCGUCUGAAACGUGAUUGUAAACCUUUGAAAAAGAAAAUUUCACGAUCACCACCAAGUUUCAAUUAUUCCUCUUAUUUGAGAAAGUUGACCACCAGUGAUUUAUGGGAAUCUGUUUUAUUAUGGGUUAGUUAUAAAAAAAGUUGCGAUAAUAUACGACCAUACGCAAGAACAUUAUCUCCAGAACAAAAAAUGAUCGCUUGUGUUAUAAAAGAGUUGGGAUUGCUUUUCAAUAAAAAUUGUCCAAAAUUUGAUCAAUUAAUAUUCAAUACAGAUCAUGAUGAAUUAAUUGGAUUUUAUCUUUUGCAUUGUUUACCACAUAUUCGUGAAUUUAAUUAUUCUGGUUGGGGUAAUAAAGAAAGAAAUUUCGAUGCAGCUUCAAAAUCACGUAAUUGUAGAAAUUUAAAAAAAUUGGUAGUAGAAAAAAUUUCUACUGAACCAAAACAAAUUGGUCGUGGAUUAAAAUAUGGUGGAAAUGCUAAAUUUGAUUAUAAUGAGAGGUAUACGCGACGUCAUUUUAGUUCAUUAUUUAAUAAUGUUGUAGUAUCUUCAUAUACCAAUUUAAUUGAUGAUGGAUCAGAGAAUGAUUUAAUUAAUAGUUCAUUAGAUCCUUUUAGUAUUGGUGGAGGAGUACAUCAUUCAUCAACAUCUCGAGUAGUUGAAAAACCUAAAUCCGAACGAGAAUUAUUAUUAAAUUUAAUUAAAGUUCAACGUAGAUUAGAACAUAUUAAAAUAUUCUUUAGUGAUUUAAAUUUAGAAUUUUUUUUAUCAAUUCAAACUCAAUCAAGAACUUUAUCCUGUAUCCGUGGGACGAGAAUACCUAGUAAAGAUCUUUCAUCAAUAAUUAAGAAUUCUGGUAAAUCAAUGAACACCAUUUAUUUGAAUUGUCAACAAGAUAUUGAUCUUCCAAUAUUACAUUCAAUCGCUGAAUAUUGUUAUAACCUUCAAGAAUUAGAAUUAUAUUUGGAUCGAAAAGAUUUACUCAUAUGUUUUACGACCUUAAAUAAUUUAAAUACUUUAAAAAGGUUACGAAUUUAUGGAGGAGGAUUUUGGGAUUGUGGUGGAAUUGAUUAUCGAGGAAGUAUUGACAAACCAAGUAAAAGUUUACCAAAGGUUGCAAAAAUAUUACCAACAUCUUUACGUUGGUUAAGUUUUCCUAGAGGGUGGGUAUUUUCAUUUCGAUCAGUAGAGGAAUUCUUGAAAAAUUGCAAAGUACAAUUGCAAAGAUUGGAAUUAAGAUAUCGUAUGCCAAAUCAUGAAAAGAUGGGAAAUAAUAAUUAUGCAUGA